AUGAACGUCUUCAAGAAGAAAGGCAAGGCCAAGGAUGAUACCUAUUUCAUCCCUUCGGCGGCCUCAUCGGACCCGGCCUUGCCGGCGAAACUGUCUCGCAGUCUCAAACGGAAGCAGAAGAAUGUGGUUGAACCCAUGCCACAAAUUGACCUCGCUACUGCGCUCCCAGAUACAAAUGACUUCCGCACGAGUUUGCUUAUGCCGGGCCUGUACGCACGAUUCAGUAUGCUCCGCGAGCAGGACGACCCUAAUACCAAGGUGGGGAAGGCAAGCGAUGACAGUGUACUCUUCCCGAAAAGAGCAUCUCGCCUGAACCUAUUUGCACACAACCCAUUGACAGACAUCGCCGAGACCGAAUCCAUCCGAAUGACUUUUAAGGCCCCAUUCGCCGACGAUGACCGAUCUUAUGCUGUCUCAGAAGGCGGGGGUUAUGCUAGCGACGAUGCUGGUGCCGUCCUCUCCCGACCAAGGCCAACAGAGGGCAACAUUCUUUUUGGUGGUCGGCAAAAGAUGUAUCGAGUACCUGCCACAAGUGCAUCAGGCUCAACAGGGGACUCGACAGAAGACCCCGUUUCCACUCCUGCUCCCUUGACGUCGUCGAAGCAUGUCUACCAGAGCGAUGUGGUUUUGUCUCCAUAUCAGCAGAUGCGCAUGAAAGCUAAGGAGGAGCAAGACCGUGACGAGUCUCGUGAGAGACCCACCAGCGCGGAACACGACCGUAGCAGCGUCAUCAACACGCCGUCGACUGGUUUCAGUAAAAGCAGAGGGACCACGUCGUCGACGGCGUCGGGUCCUUCCAACAGGCGCAUUUCAACAGCUGCUACCUCAGUGGUGUCUGACGGCUCUCACCCCCGACAGAGUAACACAGGUGCUGGUUUCAACGCCAAAAUGCAUGGCUCGGAGUAUGGCAGUGAGGAGAGCUUGCUGAGACGGAACCUCUCCUCUGAAUCUCGGAGAGCAUUUCCCGGCACCGACAAUCAAGAACAGCCUCCUCUUCCAUUGUCUCCAAUCAACAGCCGGCAGCUUCCGCAAACAGGAAAUGUCACCAAUCUGUCAGACAAGUAUAGCCGCGGAGCCUCUCCAUUCUCCACCGGCAUUCCAAGGGCAAAUAGUCCCACGCCCGCCAUCCAAUCACAGGCACUGGCGUCUCUUGACUUCGGUCUCAAGAACUCUAUCAACCACUCGCGCAAAUAUCAGACGGCCUCACCAACCAAUGAUGAGGAGGAGGGCGACGUAUACAACCGCAGUUUGCAGCCCAAUGACCGUGGCAAAGCGACGGCGAUGGGACUGUUUAACCGACCACAGCAACAAUUUGACGAGCAUAAGUUUGAGGAGAGGCAGCUGCAAAUGCACAGUGGCCGAGGUUCACCACCCACGUCCGAUGGCCCAGAUUAUGGUGGCAUCAGAGAGCGGCAGAACGAGCCUGGUCGACCGGUCCUUUCAAGCAUCCCACCGUCGCCUUUCCAAAAAGGUUUUCCUCGAGGCCGGGAAUCCAGCAGUACUUCUAUCGCAGGUCGCUCGAGAGCACAAUCGAAUGCCUCUUCUGUCCAAUCAGCCCAAGUUCAAGCACAUGCUGAAGCACUGAUCAAACGUCAAAACCAGGAGUUCUCUACGUUGCAAUCGCAACGGCAAGCUGCAGAGCCAAGUGUACGCGCCGCACCGAUGCAGGUCCCCAGUUCUCUGAUGGGGCAGCCGGCAGCAUCCAGGGGAACAUUUUUCGACACCUUUGACGGCAGUGACGAUGACGCAGACAGCCCAAUGCUGGGGAGAUAUGAGCCAGCACCGCGACUGGCCCCAAUGGAAGUUCAUCCGGCGCUUCGCGAUGGCUCGCAUCAUGUCGAUGUCAGAGAGCAGCCCGCACCUCUUUCCGAUCCAACUCGACCCCAUUCGGAUGUUUCAGCUGGCACUUCGUCUCCUUCCGUGAUCCAGGAUACUCCAGACACCUCGGACUCUCUGCAUCGUCGAUCUCAGGACGAGGUCAAAGACUCCCCCACCUUGGGGCCGACAGCUGGAUUGGGUCUGAGCGGUUUGAUCAGAACUCAUUUAAGGCACGAUAGCGAUAGGUCGUCUGUUCUUCCGCCGUCGCCUGCAUUCCCACCUUAUCAGUCCGGCUUCUCUUCCAGUCCAUUCCGUGAGCGGGAAUCAUCGAGCGGCUUGGGUCAGAAUGAGAGCUACCGAGUCUAUGCCCGCGAGCGAGAGCCAUCUUUUGGCUCUACACAGCAUGACAAUUACCCUACCUCUCUUCGUGAUCGCGAGCCCUCGGUCGCCUCGACUGCUCGCACAGUCAAUCCCCCCGAGAGCACACACAGUGAUCCCUGGGAAUUUGACAAUGCUCAUCGUACCCAACAGAGUCAUGUGGCACCUGUUCAGAAUGAUGCUAUCCCAUCUAUGUCUCAAAAGGCACAGCAAAUACUCGGUCAGGCAAUUUCUCAUAAGAUGCAAGCCACGAGCAAGGCCCAGCAGCUUCUGGGGGACGAUGCGCCCAGUAUGAUGGACAACCAUCCUGCAAGCCGGGGAUGGCAACAUGAUGUGCUCUCUCAUCACCGCGGAGAAAGCACCGAGACACAGAAAGAGUUCGGCAAUGAGCUAGCUGAGCGAGCGAGAAGAAUUCAAGAAGGGUUGAGAGGAGUUGCGGAGGCAGGGAAGCGUUCUCAGAGUCAAGAUCGCCAUAAUCCUGCGACGCAAGCUUUGCACGCGCUCCGCCACAAGACCAGCAAAACGGGUCUUACUUCUCGCAGCAACGAGCCCCUGCCAAAAGCCAUGAAAAUGCUUGGGAUUGGUGGGGGCCCUAAGGCUGAGCCUGUCUCCCGGUCCACAUAUACAGGCGCCAGACUCGAUUACGAUUUCGACCAUGGAUAUGAUGGUCAUGGCGACCGGCCUCCAAGACCUAGACCUGCUGAAUUUGAGCCACCCAAUGGGCGACGAACACCAGGGUUUGCCAGGCCAGAACCUCAUCCUCACUACUCCAACGAAGAACAUGAGCGAUCAUAUCAACUGCGGUCAGCGACACCAAACUCUGGAAGGCCAAGGCGCGAUCGAGCUGAUUCCGAGGCCGCCGAGAGAUCAAGAAGCCGCCCCGGUCAAGGGCGGUACAGAGACGAUCCGCCAUAUUCGCCGGCAGAAUAUGGUAGACCCGGCCAACCUCACGCAGCAGGAUAUCGCGAGCAGCACCGUACUUUUGCCCAAGGCGACGGCCCGAAUGGCUAUGCUGGCCCUCACCCUUCACGUGGUCCCCACCGUGGCCCUCCCCCAGUAGAUCCGCGCACCUACGAGAGGUCGGCUUCAGCAAUGUCGAAUCGACGACCAAGUGGAACCGGCCCUCGACCAACCAACUAUUUCGAUCUUCGUGCUCCAACCCCGACUAUGGGUGGCACUCCCCAGCUUGGGAAUGGUGCCAUACCUCCAAUGGGCGCACCCCGGCCAUCGCCUCGCCCUCCUUUCCCACAUUCACCAAUCAGUCCAUUCGCACUUCAUGCCGGAAUGUCCCCUGUUCUUUCUGGCCCUUCCUCUACUGUACCAUCUGCUUUACCCUCUCCAUCUGGUCCUCUUCCUCAGCCACCGCCAUCUGGUCGCUUUACACCUGCUGAAGGCCGCUCCACUCCUAUAGGCAGUCGCAAGAAGUCAGUCACUAAGGGCAUGAUCUCCGAGCCCACCUUUAUCUCCUCUACUUCGUCAGUUCCGUUGGUCGGCUUGCCGAGCAAUCCGCGACCAGGCCAAAUUGCAAGCCCACCAAUUCCGACCAUGAAUCCCCGUCGACGUGGAAACACCACGACCGAAAAAUCAGACGGAGCUGCGAGUCCCGGGAUGCACGCUUCACCGAUGACCUCGAUGCCCGAAUCUCCGAAUCGUGGGACCAUGGGUUUCCCUGGCUCCCAACCUUCCUACAUUGAACACCAGCAUUUGCAGCAGAAGGCUCAACCACGUCCACGCAAUCGACUUAGGAAGAUCAGCAGUGAGGGUGGUAGCAUGGCUGCUCGUGCCCGGAACCAAGCUAUGCUGUCCGAGUUUGGUCAUGAGAGGCUUCGAAGCCCGGCUGUGCCUGUUUUCCCGAACCGAAGUACAACCUCUUUGAGCGUCCAUCAAGAUGGUGGCAUGUUUUAG